UGAGAGCUAUAGGAGCAGGUUUCUGCAGGUUACACAGUUUUUUACACACGCGGCCGGCACAGUGAGAAAUCAAGCUUUCUUCGUUUAACGUGGGCUUUGCCGGAGAGCUUGUCAGGCAGUAGGGGGUGCUAAGCUUUCCCAAACAGCGUAUCUGUGCCUGUCAUUCCGAUCCUAGUAGUAGUGGAUAGGAUCCAGUGCAGUGCCUUCUCUGGGGUCACAUACUGCUUGAUGUGUCUCUCUGACACCCCGUGCACCCACAUCCAGGCUGACACCCCAUGCAGCCACAUUCAGGCUGACACCCAGGCACCCACCUCCUCCAGUGUGCUGGGAGUGAGGAGCUCUCGGACUUUACCCAUGAACAUCAUCAGAGUAUCAUAUCCGUCACACUCACAGGGGCUAUGCAGGGGGCAGCAGGGGCUCUGAUGGCCCCCCACUUUUAAUGAGUGCCCCCCUUUCCUGGACGAUGAGGCGGAUGGCUCGUAGGCUUGUUCUGGGUGUUGCUGGCUUACUGUGGAUCGCUGCUCUCAUCUUCUUCUUAGGGGGCAGGAGGAAGUUAAUCCAAGUAGAGGACUCGGAUAGGGAUACGGCAAAGGACUUGGAUGUAGACUGGGAUGAUUUAUGGGACCAGUUUGAUGAGAGGAGAUACCUUAAUGCUCGAAGAUGGAAACCUGGAGAGGACCCCUACAGACUGUACGCGUUUAACCAACGGGAGAGUGAAAGGAUUCCCAGUAAUCGUGCCAUUAAGGACACCCGACAUCUCAGAUGUACUGAAAUCCACUACUCAUCAGAUCUUCCUCCUACAAGUAUCAUUAUAACAUUUCACAAUGAAGCCAGAUCCACACUUCUGAGAACCAUUAGGAGUGUGCUCAAUCGAACGCCUAUGCACCUUAUCCAUGAAAUUAUUUUAGUGGACGACUUCAGUGAAAAUUCUGACGACUGCCGGCUACUGUGCAAAUUACCCAAGGUGGCAUGCUUACGCAACAACCAGAGGGAAGCAGGUUUGAUCCGCUCUCGAGUGAGGGGGGCAGAUGUCGCCAAGGCUAGUAUCCUUACCUUUCUGGACAGUCAUUGUGAAGUUAAUAAAGAUUGGCUCUUGCCUCUUCUCCAAAGAAUUAAAGAGAACCCAACUCGUGUUGUCAGCCCGGUAAUUGACAUAAUAAAUCUCGACACCUUUGCAUACAUAGCAGCUUCUUCCGAUCUCCGAGGAGGUUUUGACUGGAGUCUGCAUUUUAAAUGGGAACAACUUUCUGCGGAUCAAAAAGCUAAAAGAUUAGACCCUACGGAGCCCAUUAAGACUCCUGUCAUAGCUGGAGGAUUGUUUGUAAUAGACAAGUCCUGGUUCAAUCACUUGGGAAAAUACGACUCGGCCAUGGAUAUCUGGGGAGGAGAGAAUUUCGAAAUGUCUUUCCGCGUUUGGAUGUGCGGUGGAAGUUUGGAGAUAAUACCCUGCAGCCGAGUGGGACAUGUUUUUAGAAAGAAGCAUCCGUAUGUCUUUCCGGAGGGGAAUGUCAACACGUAUAUAAAAAAUACCAAGCGCACGGCUGAAGUAUGGAUGGACGAGUUUAAAAACCAUUACUAUGCAGCAAGGCCGGCGGCUCAAGGGAGGCCAUAUGGAGACAUCCAGAAGAGAUUGUUACUCAGGAAGAAUUUGAAAUGUCACACGUUUAAAUGGUAUUUAGAAAACGUUUACCCAGAACUUCAGAUCCCAGUGGAAUCACUGUCAAAAUCAGGAAUCAUCAGACAAAGACAGAGAUGUAUUGAGUCUCAGAAAGCCGAUGGACAGGAACCACAAGGUCUUAAUUUAGUACCAUGCAGUAGCCUUAAAGGAGCCUCUGCGACUUCUCAGGAAUGGAUUUAUACUCAGGACCAGCAGAUCAGCCAACAGAAACUCUGCCUAUCCGUGCACACCUUAUUUCCAGGGACUCAAGUCAUUCUCUUGCCCUGCAGAGAGGGGGAUGGCAAGCAGCGAUGGACUAAAGUUGGCUCUCACAUUGAGCACAUGGCAUCUCGCUUCUGCCUAGAUACGGAAAUUAUUGGUGACUCCGAAGACAACAACCGAGAGAUCGUCAUUAAUCCUUGCGAGACCAUGGCCAUCAGUCAACGGUGGGAAAUGGUACUUCAUGACUUAAACUGAGGAUUACUGGAUCAUCUAAAUGCGGAAACAAGAGAGUCUCAUGGCAGCGCUAGUCUAUAGCAUUGGAUCUCUCGUGGUUUAUGCUAAACAAUGUAGCAGGACUCAAAAGAAAAAAAAGAAAAGCAAGGACGAAAAAGUGCAAUACCGUGAGCAAAAACAGUCUGUUUCGAACAGCAGGGAAAAUGAUAAGUAAAACUUAAGAGUUUGUGCUGACCUUUCAAAGUCAGUCAGAGAAAAUCAUUCAAUUAUGCUUAUCCUUAUGAGGAAUGAUUAUUUUGUUAUGGCUAGAGGUAAUGUGCGCUUGAUACUAAGCGCUGAUGAUUUUUUUAUGUUACUGAGAAAUAAAUGAAGAAUAUUCAAGGGCACAAAGCACAUUUUCUCAAUGAAAAGUCUCAGAACGGGGACACAAAAGCACAUGAUUGAUUUGAAGCCGCCAUAGAAAGGACGUGCAUCUAAUAUUUGCCGCUUUUCUUACAGCCGACUAGCUCUCCACGUGUGCAAUGGCUGCAAGAUACAGUAUCCAGAACUAGAAUUCACUUUAGUAUAUUUAAAUAUAUGUAUAUUACUUGUAAAUUAAAGAAGUACAGAUUAAUAUAUGAGGAAUUAAUGACGAUUGUUGCCCAUGAAUCAAGUGUCUAGACUGCAGAGAAGAUAAUUUCAAAAUAAUUUCUUUUUUACCAAAGGUUUUACCGAAAAAGGUAUGGAAAUGGUCUGCAAACUGCACAAAGUUUUUUAUUUUCUGACGAGUAAAGCGUGUCUCUGAUUAAUGCACUUUGCCUAUUGAAAUAAAUUCAUUUUCCAUCAA